AUGAAGAGAAGUGCAAUAUUUGCACGUCGCCGACAUGAACCGAAAAAGAAGGCGGUUGGCAUUCAGGUUGAGACCGAGGAGUUGGAAAAACCAGAGCAGGAACAAGAGGAGAGCGAAGAAGAGGAACAGGAGGAGAGCGAAGAAGAGGAACAGGAGGAGAGCGAAGAAGAGGAGCAAGAGGAGAGUGAAGAGGAGUAUUGCGAGAGCAACAUCAGUUUUGACUCUGAAUACUUGAGGGAUGCCAGUGAUUUUGACAUGCCGCCGUUGGAGUUGUUCUAUGUCAAGGUACCAAGGAAUCAUGGGGAAGAAGUUUUGACUUUCAAGCUAGACCCUGAGAACAUCAACGUCAUCAACUUCAAGCGUUUGAUUUCUGCUAGGACAGGAAGCAAACUGACGCAGGACAUGUUCUCGCUUCACUAUGAAGGAAAGAACCUCUAUGACCCCUACAGGAUGCUUUCAGAGUUCAUCACCAAGGACAACAAGACUUUUCGCAUUGCUGUCAAGCACCGAGGAGGUAUGCCAGUCAUGCAAUGGCAUCUCAAACAGGCAGAGGCGCUCAAGCAACUCAAGCACAAGGUCAUCAAAAAUAUCACAAAGAAGGAUGAGACAACCAUGCCUGUUUUGCUCGAUGAACCGCCACACUUCAAGCAGAUAAUGGAGGAAAUCAGCAAUGCCAUUUCCCAAGUCAAGAUGGUAAAAGCGGAGGGAGUGCCAAUAGUCAAAAUUGGUUUGGAGAAAGCGACAGAUGCUGAGUUGGCAGAGAUAAAGGAGUUGGCGGAGAAGAAAGGCAAGAAGAACACAGGAGCAGAAGAACGCAUUGCGCCCAUCAUGUUCAUCCUCUUCAAGAAGAUGAAGGAGUUUGACCGUCAGAUUGAAAAGAUGCAUGACAUGCUGAACUAUGCCCUUGCCGAGAUGCUUAGCAUGUUUUGUGACGAGUUCAACCAGAGAUAUGGCAAGGGGGCAGUCAUUGACAUGGAGCGCUUUUCGUCAGUGCUUGACAAGGAGAUUGAGAAACGCGAGAAUGAGCACCAAAGAAUUCGAAAUGCUGAAAGGCAAGUCAACGCAAUACCUGACGAUGCUGACAAUGUCUGUGUGAUUGCAUGA